AGAUCAUGUGAAACAAAAGCUUGUUUUUGGUUAAGUGAUGAAGUCCAUUUGAAGUUGCAGGUCGCAGUCUUGAAGGGUGAUGUUUUAGAGAAUGGAUACGAGGUGGUUGAUGCAGUGGAAGGGAAUGGAAACAACAAUGAUGAUGCUGGUGAUGAUGAUGAUGGAGAAGAUGAAGAAUGCGGUGCAGAUGAUGCAGAAGGAAAGGAGACAAAGAAAGGACCUGUAAGUGAUCCUGAUUUGAAUGGUGAAGCUGGAGAUGAUGAUGAUGAUGAACCUGAAGGGGAUGACGGUAAUGAUGACGAUGAUGAUGAUGAUGAGAACCAUGAGAACGACGACGAUGAUGAUGAUGAUGAUGAUGAUGAAGAUGAGAAUGAAGAUGGUGGUGAAGAAGACGACGAUGAGGAGGCAGAGGUAGAGGAGGAGGAAGAGGAAGAAGAUGACGAGGAAGCACUUCAGCCACCAAAGAAGAGGAAGAAGUGAACAACCACUUAUAUCUUCUUAACAUUUUAGACUCAAAAAUCAAAAGUUGUUAUGUGUUUCUUUUUACCUGAAGAGGAGAGAAUCUUUAAGGCAACAUCAGCUUUAGCUUCGACUAUGUCUUUGUCUAGUGUAACCAUUUUCAGAUCCAAUGCAUCAGCUUUCUUUU